AUGGACCUGCCGUGCUACCACGGGCCCCUGUCCAAGCUGGGCUGCGAGCGGCUGCUGCUGGCGGACGGGGCGGACGGGAACUACCUGCUGAGGGACAGCGAGACCCUGCCCGGGGUCCUGUGUCUCUGCGUCUCGUUCAGGAAGACCGUGUACACCUACCGCAUCUUCAAGGAGAAACCUGGGCACUACAACAUCGAGACGGUCCAGGGCAGGAGGCGGCAGGUCUUCCCCAGCCUGCAGGAGCUCAUCGCCAGGUACCAGAAGCCGGACCAGGGGCUGGUGGUGGCCCUGUCACAGCCCGUCCCCCGGGACGGCCCCUGCCUGGGCUGGAGGAGGUCCAAGCUGGAGCUGGAGGACGUAUACGAGAACAGCAGCAGCGAGUACAUGAGGGUCCUCCCGUAA